AUGUCACAGGCAGCAGAGGUUGAAUUUGUGAAAAGUGCUUAAUAAUUACAUUCAAAUUGAGUUUUUGUCACAUUGCUAAAGCUGGAUGUCGUCUGCCGGUGACUCUCCAAAUUUCUUCAGUCAGGUCUAACAGCUUGCAAAGACUCUAUCAUGCUUGGAAGAAUGAGCCUCCCAUCUGGAAUGAGCUACAAUAUCAGUGAGCUUUCAAACACGCCCUUGUGUUAUGAGUCAUUAAGUGGAUCCUGUGCAAGACUAAAAAGACCGUUCAGUAUUCGAUUUACUAUGUACAUGUUCAUGGUGGUCACCAUAUUGAUCACAGUUUGUGGGAAUCUCCUUGUCAUCACGUCUAUAGCCCAUUUUAAACAACUGCACACCUCUACAAAUUAUCUCAUUCUCUCUUUGGCAGUAUGUGACUUCCUACUAGGGUUAUUUGUAAUGCCCUGCAGCACAAUAAGAUCUGUUGAUGGCUGUUGGUAUCUGGGAGACUUCCUUUGCAAAAUACACACCAGCACUGACAUAAUGCUCAGCACAUCAUCCAUUUUCCACCUGUCCUUCAUCUCCAUUGACCGCUAUUUUGCAGUUUGUAAGCCGCUGAAGUACGAAACCUCAAUUACACCAUUUACCAUCCUUACAAUGAUCAUUUGUAGUUGGAUUCUACCUGGUAUUUUUGCUUACGGGAUGAUUUUUUUAGACCUUAAUAUAAUAGGCGCCGGGGAUUCUCCUCAUAGAAAUUGUAUUGGAGGCUGCACUUUGAUUUUCAAUAAACUUUCUGGAACAUUUGCCUCUAUGAUCUCAUUUUUUAUUCCUGGCUUUGUCAUGUUGGGAAUUUACCUGAAGAUUUACCUGGUAGCCAGAAGUCAAGCAAGAUCUAUAAAAGAUAUGACACAGCAUUUUCAAAUUGCAGAAGAACAUAAAUCUGGAGUACAGCGUCAACGAGAAAAAAAAGCUGCAAAAACACUAGGGAUAGUAAUGGGAGUCUUCCUUAUCUGCUGGACGCCAUUUUUUGUCUGUAACACCAUGGAUCCCUUCAUUGACUACUCAGUCCCACCACUGCUGGUGGAUGCUCUUGUUUGGUUUGGUUACUUAAAUUCUGCUUUUAAUCCAAUAGUUUAUGCAUUUUUCUACAGCUGGUUCAGAAGAGCACUGAGGAUUAUAGUGUUUGGUAAAGUCUUUCACCCGCAAUCUUGUCGGACCAAGUUAUUUUCAGAAUAAGUGCUUUUACAAAAAUGUCCCAUGAUGAAUUAAUAAAAUUGCAGUUGAAAGAAUGUGUUAUUCUUAUGCUUUAAACUACAAAACAACAGGGCAUGCAUUUUGUUUUUCACACAAGUCAAAUUAGCCUGCCUUGAUAGUGUAGGGUGGAUUAGUGCCGAGGGCUCUGGACUGGAGUGUUGUGGUUUCAGGCUCAGGUGGGAUGCUGCUGUUGUACCCCUGAGUACUUCACUAGAAUUGUUCCGCAGCAUUUCCUGCUGUAUAAUUGGGUCUCCAGUUCAUUAUUGUAAGUGAGAAUUCACUCUCAGUUGACUUUCAUAAUGAAAUGAAGGAAUAA